CUUUUGUAAAUGAGAAGAAUUUUUUUAAUAUUGUGAUACAUAUGUCUUAUGAUGUCAUUUAAGGCAGUGGUUACUCAACCUUCCUAAUGUUGAGACCCUUUAAUACAGUUCCUUGUGUUGUGGUAACCCCCAACCAUAAAAUUAUUUCGUGUACCGUAACUUUGCUAACUGUUACACAUCAUAAUAUAAAUAUCUGAUAUGUAGGAUAUCUGAUAAUUGACCCUGUGAAAGGAUUGUUUGACCUUAGAGGGGUUGCAGCCUGCAGGUUGAGAAUCACUGGUUUAAGGGCUUACUAUUGGGUUACCCUAAAUCAAAAUUUUAAUUAUAAAAACAUAUAUAUGUCAGUAUUAAACUCAGUAUAUGGUAUCCAUGGUAAAACAUACUUACUGAAAACAAGUAUAACUCAAAUUGAUUAAAGGUUUAGCCUAGUCUGGUGUGGGGCUGUAUUCCUUUAAUCUUACUACUCACAUGACAGAGUCAAGGGGAUCUCUAAGUUGGAGGCCAACUUGUCUACAUUGUGAGUUCUAGGCCACUGAAGGCUGCCUAAGGAGAUCCUGUCUCAAAAAACCCACUACCAACAAAAAAGGCUUAACCUAUUACCCAAGCAUCAAGUCCUAUAAUGUAAAUUCCACUGUUAUCCUGGUGUUAGAGAAAAGGCAGCUGAGACUGAGCUGUUAAAUAGCCCCAUAGGAAGGAUUAAAUAGCUGAUCCAUUGGGCUCAAGUGUAACUCUGAAGUUAACCUGUGUACUUAAGCACUAGGCUGUUGAUUUUUGGUGUAGCAUCAUUUCAGUGUCACAUUGUACCAUCACAUACUGGACAUCAUCAGUUAGAGAGUAUUUGUUUCACAUUUCCUGUUUUUGUGUUCUUUUAAUUCUUUUGCAGUUUUUGAAUUUAGGUGGUAUGGGAAUUCAAAUUCUGAGCUCUUAGAAAAGAUUAAUUUUGGUCCAGUCUAUGUUUAGACAAUUCUAAAAUAUUGCUUGUUUGUUUGUUUGUUUGUUUGUUUAUAAAUUUUGAGAUAGAGUCUCACUAAGUUGACCAGGCUGCUUGAACUCACUCCGAAGCCCAGGAGGACCUUGAACUUGUGAUCUUCCUGCCUCAGCCUUCUGAGGAGCUAGAACCAUAGACGCAAGCCACCAGGCUUGGUUCCCUGGAUAUUUGGUCGGUUGUUUUGUUUGCUUUUAAAGAACCUUACAUGAAAUUGAGGUGUCAAAUCUCAAUUAUCUAUUUUUUUAUUUAACUGUUCAAUCAUUUAAAUAUUUCCUAAGUACAUAUAUAUUAGAGAUUGAGCUAGAAUACGGUUAUAAGUAAGUUAUACUCUGUCUUCAAGAACUCUAUAGUCUGAUAGAGAAUUAAAUGUGAAGAAAAUAAUUGCUGCAUCUUGUGUUAGUCACUCCCUGGUGCUGUGGCAAAAUGCCUAAGAAAACAAGGAUUUGUUGUGCUUCCAGUCUCAGGCUUUAGUGCACCUGCAGCCGGCUGGCUCCCUGUGACUUCUAACACUGGGAAGGCAGAGAUACCAUGAAAGAAGCAGAACAGAAAAGCUACGCACUUUGAGGUAGGCAGGUAGAAAGCAGGACCAGUGCAGUGACCAGGGACUAGAUAAACAGCGCUGGAGACUGUUCUUAGUGACUCUUCUCCCACCUUCAAGUAAUGCAGUCACAUGACAUUGCGACUCCAUGAAUGGAGAGCACACCAGUGAAGCCAGAGUCCUUAUGACCCAGUCACUUCCCCAGAGCCCGUCAGCUGGCCACCAAGGCUGUAAGACUGAACACCUGCGCCUUCAAGGGACAGUUCAUAUUCAAACCCUGACCUCAGUUUUCUUGUCUGUUAAAUUCCACGAUAGUAUACUCUCCUUCUGGGUAUUAAAAGAGUAAGUGGAUUAAAUUAACAUUAAAAUGUUUAAAACAGAGCUUUGUUCUUAGUAAACAUCAACAUCAUUUGGUAUGGUGUCAAACAUCAGGUGUACUUAGAGUAGAAGAAUUCCAGCAGGCCUGUUUUGAGAAGUUUGAAACAGACUUUACAAAUCCGAAAAAUCAAGAGUCUUUCAGAUGUUGCAGAAGAAUAUAAGGAGGAGUAUUACACUUGGAGGAGAAAUAGCAUGGAUUACAGUUUGGUCCAUAACUUUGAUAUAUCACUGUUAAACUCAGUUCAUGGUAUCCAUAGUAGAACAUACUAAUAAGAACAAAUAUAACAAACAUUGAUUGAAGGCUUAGUCCAUCCAGGUGUGCUGGCUAAUGUUUAUAAUCCUAGCAUUUUAGGUACAGAUAUGGGAGAAUCCCUGUGAGUUUGGGGCCGGCCUGUACUAGUGCCAGGCCUGGCCUGGACAAUAUAGUAAAACCCUGUUAAGAAAAAAGAAAAAGAAAAACAAACAAACAAACAAAAGAAACAAGCCGUCUUAAUUGGGAUUUUACUGCUGUGAACAGACACCAUGACCAUGGCAAGUCUUAUAAAAGACAACAUUUAAUUGGGGCUGGCUUUCAGGUUCAGAGGUUCUGUCUAGUAUCAUCAAGGUGGGAACAUGGCAGCAUCCAGGCAGGCAUGGUGCAGGAGGAGCUGAGAGUUCUACAUCUUCAUCUGAAGGCUGCUAGCAGAGUACUGACUUCCGGGCAGCUAGGAUGAAGGUCUUAAAGCCCACUCCACAAAGACACACCUAUUCCAACAAGGCCAUGCCCCUAACAGUGCCACUCCAUAGGCCAAGCAUACACAAACCAUCACACAAACAAAGGUGAUAUAAAAUGAAGAUAUGAUCAUUCACACAACAGAGUAGAUAAGGUGGCUCUAAAGUGUGGCAUGGUACGAAGAUGGGGUUGGAAUGAGAUACUGCUAGAGGAGUUUUGUCUCUGACGUGACACUGUAGAUCACUUUCACCACACUACAAAUGCUAUCUCCCGCUCAGUCUGAGCUGUGAGUUGUUUAGCUUCUGAAACACCAUCUAAACACAGGCAUUGUGAAGGUGAGGCUUGCCUUGUGUUAUGUUUGUAUUGAUAAGCAUCUUCAGGUAACAGAAUUCUGAAUUUACACUCCCAGAAUACAUGUCAUAGAACAUGUUGGUGAAUAGACAGGGCAGAUCAAAGAGUGAAACCCAAGAGAGGAAGUGGGGUGUCAGGAUGAAGGAGUAGAGAAGCUAGAUUGUCAAUAUGCUGGCUCCCAGGAUAGAUGGCUUCAGGGAAACAAAAAACAAAAAAAAUGCUUAAGAGCACUUACUGCUCUGCCAGAGUGCCUGGCCUCAGUUUCCAGCACACAUAUAACAGCUCACAUCAUGCAGACAAAACACUCAUACCACAUAAAAAAUAUUAAAAACCAAAAAACAAAAUGAUAAACAACCAAAAGCAAACCAAACCAACAAAAAAUAUUCAUAUUUUUAAAGGUAUAUGAUAAAAUUUUAACAUUUAAAAUGUAAAUAAUUGUUUUGUUAAAAUGUAACUGUUUUGGCUUCUAAAUGUUUAAAUCAUGAAUGAAUCCAAGUAUAAUUUUGAAAAGCAUCCUAGGAAUUUCAAAGUCAAUAUGGUUACUAAGAUAGCAUAAUAAAGCAGACCUUUGUGCAAUUAGAGGAGAGGCACCAAAGGGAGAUAAUGCAUUUGAAGAAGCGGCAGAGCAGUAAGUGCUCUUAAGCAUUGAACCAUCUCUCUCAGCCCCUGGUUUUGAUUUUCGGAGGAGGGCCUCUAUAAUUAACAAUUUAAAAUCGCCGGGUGGUGGUGGCGCAUGCCUGUAAUCCCAGCACUCUGAGAGGCAGAGGCAGGUGGAUUUCUAAGUUCGAGGCCAGCCUGGUCUACAGAGUGAGUUCCAGGACAGCCAGGGCUACACAGAGAAACUCUGUCUCCAAAAAAACCCCCAAAAACCAAAAAAACAAUUUAAAAUCGUCCAGCUAAAUGGCAGUAAUUACAUUCAUUAUGUUACCUGCAACUGUCACUGCUGUUUCCAAAACCUUUUCAUCACUUCCUAACAGAAACAUAUUAAGGAAAAACUCUCCUGUAUUAGUCAGUUUCUCUAGAGUCACAGAACGUAUGGGUAGUCUCUAUAUAGUAAGGGAAUUUGUUGAUGACUUACAGUCUCUAGUCCAACUCCCCACCAAUGGUCAGCAGAAGCUGUGAAUGGAAGUCCAAGGAUCUAGCAGUUUCUCAGUCCCACAAGGCAAGCAGGCAAAGAAGACAGUCUCCCUUCUUCUAAUGUCCUUAUGUAGGUCUCCAGCAGAAGGUGUGGCCUACAUUAAAGGUGUGUGCCACCACACCUGGAUAUGGGACUUGCUUUGUCCCAGAUGAUUGUGAACUCAGAGAUCUCCCUGUCCUAAUCUUCUGGGAUUUAUAGCCACUAUACCUCAAUAUCUCCAUGCCAGGAUACAGGUCAGAAACUUGUAUCUCCCAGCAUCCAGAUUAGGGUCACAGGUGAGCCUUCCAGUCCUGGAUUGUAGUUCAUUCCAGAUAAGAGUUGAGUUGUCGACCAGGAAUAGCCAGCCAUACCUCCAUUCUCCUUCAGCCUCCUGGAACCACCCCUUACCCCACCCCUCGUGUCUCUGUCCUUGUCCCUUGUAUAUGGGUGUACGGCCUGAAUGAUGUAUAUGCUCCACUUGCAUGCCUGGUGCCUACUAAGCCAGAAGAGGGCAUCUGGUCCCCUGGAACUGGAGUCACAGACAUUUCUGAGGCACCAUGUGGGUGCUAGGAAUCAAAACCAGGUCUUCUAGAAGAACAACAAGUAUUUCUAAGCACUGAGUCCUUUGUCCAGCCCGGUUCUGUCUCUUUUUAAGUGUUGUCUUAGAUGUUUCUCCUUUGGUUGGUUCUGUUUUUCCCAGAGAGGGCUUCUUUCUCCCUGGCUGUCCGUGAGUGCUGGGAUUAAUGGCCUGGUUUUGUUCUAGAUAUUUCAUGAUGUGGUACUUACCGUACAGUUUUUGGCCUUUUGUAUCCAUUUUGUUUUGUUUUGUUUUGUUUUGUUUUACUUAGUAUGAUUUCAAGAGUUCCAAGUUAUAACCCAUACCAGAAUUUCCUCGUUCUUAGAGCAGAAUGGCAUAUGUGAUGUUUACAGCCCGCUGAGCUUACCCAUUGUUUUUCUUUGUGCUGGCUGGUUUUGUGUGUUAACUUGACACAAGCUGGAGUUAUCUCAGAGAAAGGAGCCACCCUUGAGGAAAUGCCUCCAUGAGAUCCAGCUGUAAGGCAUUUUCUCAAUUAGUGAUCAAGGGGGGAGGGCCCCUUGUGAGUGGGGCCACCCCUGGGCUGGUAGUCCUGGGUUCUAUAAGAAAGCAAGCUGAGCAAGCCAGGGGAAGCAAGCCAGUAAGGAACAUCCCUCCAUGACCUCUUCAUCAGCUCCUGCUUCCUGACCUGCUUGAGUUCCAGUCCUGAUUUCCUUUGGUGAUGAACAGUAAUGUGGAAGGCGGAAGCUGAAUAAACUCUUUCCUCUCCAACUUGUUUCUUGGUCAUGAUGGUUUAUGCAGGAAUAGAUACCCUAAGACAAAUUGGUACCCCAGGAGUGGGGUAUUCCUGUAACAACCUGACCUUGUUUUGGGGAGGACUGAGGAAGAACUUUGGAACUUUGAGCUAGAAGAGCCAUUAGGAUGUUAAGAGCUCUGUGGAAUGUUCUGUAGGAGCUUGGAAGAUAAUGUUGAGAACAGUACAGAAAAUGGAGGCCUGGCUUGUGAAAUUUCAGAGGGAAAAUUUGAGACUCUUAUCAGGGCUGUUGCUGUUUUGACUGUGAAGAUUCUGUGUUUUUGUUAGCUGGGGCUGAAAAAUCAGCUGUGAGUAACAAGAUACCAGAACCACUAAAGCAAAACCUUUGCAUUACUGGGACUAUUGAUGUUGGUUAGCUAGAGCUAAGAAAUUAGUGGUGAUUAAGAAGAGACCAGCAUCAUUGAGGUGAGAUCUUCUGGGAAGUGUUUUCUAAGAGCACAUAGAGUCUGUGUUCCAGAAUUAACCAAGGUUGUACCUUGUACUGUGGCUGGACUUGGUAAUGUGUAAGAAUCACCCAGCUGGUACUGGUUUUGACGGCAUGAAGGGGUCAAGAAGAGCAGCUGAGGCUUGGCACUCUGAGAGGCAGCACAAGGCCAUUGGUGAAGGUGCAGCCUCAGUUGCAAUUGAUGACCCAGGACUGAAGGGGUCAUGCAAAGGAGUUGAGGCGUGGCACCAUGAAGAGAGCCUAUGAGAGACUAUUGGUAAAGCCUAGUUACAGCAGAAGACAGCAGUGUUUUGGAGUUGCCAGUGCCAUGAGAUGAUCACCAAGAACAGCAGCAGCAGUGGAGUAUGGGCAGCUGGAGCCUAGAAGAAGACAAGGUGUGUGCUACAAAGAGCAGAGCUGGAGAAGUGACCCAAGCCCUUGGAGGAGCUCAGAAGAUCAUGAGUUGGAUCCCAGACAUUGGAUAGUUGGAGUCUGAUUUUACUUUUGACUGUGACUGUGCCCUGAUAUUUUUCCUUCUUGAAGGAAGAAAGUAUUUUAGUGGAGCCCACAGUUAAGAGACCUUUAAAAGAGAUUAAAUAUUUUAAAGGGAUUGAAAUUUUAAUAUGUAAGGAUUUUCAAAGACUGUGGGACUUUUAAAUUUAUUUAGAUCUUGGGGAUGAAUAAAAAAGUAAGGGUUGAAGUUUUAUAGUGAUGUGUUUCUGUGUCAGGUUGACAAGGGGUCAAUUGUACUGGCUGGUUUUGUGUCUCAACUUGACACAAGCUGGAGUUAUCUCAGAGAAAGGAACCUCCCUUGAGGAAAUGCCUCCAUGAGAUCCAUCUGUAAGGCAUUUUCUCAAUUAGUGAUAAGUGGGGAGGGCUUCUUGUAGGUGGGGCCAUCCCCCAUCCCUGGGCUGGUGGUCUUGGGUUCUAUAAGAAAGCAAGCUGAACAAGCCAGGGGAAACAAGCCAAUAAGGAACAUCCUCCAUGGCCUCUGCAUCAGCUCCUACUUCCUGACCUGCUUGAGUUCCAGUCCUGACUUCCUUUGGUGAUCAACAGCAAUGUGGAAAUUGAAUGCAUAAAAAUACAGCCAGCUGACAUCCAGCCCGAUAUAUUCAGCUACUUGUUGCAUAUUAUGUACACAGGAAAAGGGCCAAAACAGAUUGUGGAUCACAGUCGUUUGGAGGAGGGGAUCCGAUUUCUUCAUGCUGACUACCUUUCUCACAUUGCAACUGAAAUGAAUCAAGUGUUCUCACCCGAGACUGUGCAGACAUCAAAUUUGUAUGGUAUUCAGAUUUCAACAACCCAGAAAACAGCUGUCAAACAAGGGCUGGAGAUCAAAGAAACUCCUCCCAAUAGCAGUGGAGACAGAGCUGCUGUCCCAGGUGACCACCCCCAGCUGCAGCUCUCCCUUGCCAUCGGGCUAGAUGAUGGUGCAGCGGAGCAGCAGAGGGCCCAUCCUGCUGCCCAGGCCUUGGAGGAGCACCGGAAGCCCCCAGUGUCCAUCAAACAGGAGAGAUGUGAUCCAGAGCCUGUGAUCUCCCAGAGCCACUCCUCGUCCUCAUCAGAGGUGACUGGCCCCUCUUUUACAGAAAACAGUAUCAAAGCCCACUUAUGCCAUUAUUGUGGGGAGCGUUUUGAAUCCCGAAGUAACCUGAGGCAGCACCUCCAUACCCAUGUGUCGGGAGCUCUCCCUUUUGGUGUUCCUGCUUCCAUUUUGGAAAGUAAUGACCUUGGUGAAGUGCAUCCACUUAGUGACGGCAGUGAGGCUCUUCAGUGCCGGAGGCUCAGCUCCUUCCUCAUCAAGGAGAGUGAGCAGCAGCCACCCCCGCCUGAGCUCCAGAGCAGGGGUGCCUCCGAGCCUGUACAGAUCAGUCAAGUGUCUCUGAUCUCCAAAGACACAGAGCCAGUAGAGUUAAACUGUAAUUUUUCUUUUUCAAGGAAAAGAAAAAUCAGUUGUACCAUCUGUGGUCAUAAAUUUCUUCGAAAGAGCCAGUUACUAGAACACAUGUAUACACACAAAGGUAAAUCCUACAGAUUUAACCGAUGCCAAAGGUUUGGAAAUUCAUUGGCCCAGAGGUUUCAGCAGUAUUGUGACAGCUGGCCUGAUGUCCCCUUAAAAAGCUCUCGCUUGUCACAAGAACAUUUAGACUUGCCUUGUGCCUUAGAGUCAGAGCUCACUCAAGCAGGUGUGGACACCAUCCUAGUUGAGUAGCGACUUCUCCUGCAGGACUUUUACACCGCUCUUAGGAGAGAGUCACGUGCCAUCCUAAUCAUAAGUUAGUUCCCUCCUCGAGGUCUUUUGACUUAAAAUGAUCUGUCCUGUGUUUUGCGGUUGAACAUAACAGUUCUCAUUAUAAGACAUGGCAAUUAAACAUAACUUGCGUCCUGGAGAGAUGGCUCAGAGGCUAAGAGUACCUACUGCUCUUCCAGAGGGCCCGAGUAGAUUUCCAGCAACCACACAGUGUUAUAAACACAACUUUCAAAUUAUCCUAUGAGCUUUUCUAUAAAUUAAAUCAUAAUUUGAAAAUCAGAAGUUAAUGUAGAAAUAUUAAUGUGAGUGAUUAUUUAUAAAAUCUCUUGUUUUUCCAGGUUGCAGAAUCAGUAAAAUGAACUUGAGUAUGAAGCAGAUGAGAUCUGUUUUAAAGACUAUCUUAGAGAUUGGGAAUGAAGCUCAUCUAUAGAGUGCUUACCUAGCAUGUGCGAGGCCCUGGGCUCAGGGUCCACCACACACAUGACAUGCUCACACACAUCACAUUUCUAAACUGUCACUUGUCUUAGGUUUCAUAUGAAUUAUGCUCUUAGGAAAAUGAUUUUUAAAUAUUUUCAGCCAUAUAGGAAUCAAUAGUUAUUUUAAUGUAUAACUAUAUAUAUAGGAAACGAGUAGUUAUUUUAAUGUAUAACUAUAUAUUAUAAUGUAUAAAAGUUUGUUUUGUUUUAAGCCAUGGCUAUACCAAAUCACGAGUAGUUUUAACUGUGCUUACUAGCAUUCCCACCACUCACAUGGCCUUUUAUUUAUUAAACAUUGAGUAUACCUCAUUUUUAAUAAAACUAUUUUGGCUAAAAGUAAGGACUAGAGAAGUCAGUGGUGACAGAGUCUUGAACAGAGAAACCAGUGCAUUCACCUAAGUGGAGCCCAGCUCUAGGUCUCUGUCUGUAAGCUAACCUCUACAGAUAGGCAGAUCUAAGGUGUGUUCUUGGAUGCUUUUGGAUGUUUAUAGCAGGAGGUUCACCUGAGUGUGAAGAGGAAACCGCUAAGAUACACAUCGUCUCUCUGACUUAAUGUUGCAGACUCAUCAGGGCUGUCUGGGGUGAUGGUACUUUUCUAAAAGUCACUUGUAAAGGUCAUUUUACAGUGGCAUGGUUUUCACCUUCUGUUAGUAAAGCCAGUGGCAUGGAUGCAUUAAGGGCCCAGGCCUCUUUAAACCCACGCUGGCAGCUCUCCUUUUGUGAAUAUACUCACUUCCCUUUUAUAGUGACAACGCUCAGAGACUUAAAACUCCAGGAAAAUGAAAGUUGUUGGACUAAGUGAUGAAUUUUCUGUACCUAACAAGUAGCCCAGCAAAUUUCAUUGUCUCUGAAAUGUUGUUUAAAUUUGAAGUUCUGCUCUCAAGGAUCAGAAGGCAAGAGAGACUGUAGAACGGCCCGCCUCCUCCCCUCCCCUAUUAAAGUUCCAGCUCACAGACAUUUGAAGAAUAUUUAAGUUGGUAUACACACACACACACACACACAGAUUGGAAACAAGAGUCUUGCUAUGUUACCAGGUUGUCCUUAAAAUCUUGGGCACAAACAGUUUUCUUUUUCAACUUCCCAGGUGGCCAGGACCAUGGGGCAUGUGCCAUCUCACAGACACCUCAAUAUAGCCAUUUAAUUUUGACGGGACACUAACCUCACUCCCGUACCUCUGAAGACAUUUAAGAGGUUCUACUACCUGUGUCUGUCAGAAGGUCAGAGUGUUCCAGCUAAGUCUGAAACAAAAGUUUGUUUUUAUUUUUAUUUUUCUGGGUAAAUGGUGAGUUUGGUUGAGUAACAAAGUUUCAGAGUUAGUGGCAUGGGCCUCUAAUCCCAGAACUUGUGAGACUGAUCUCUGCAUUCAAGGCCAUCCUGGUUUAUAUAGUGAUUUCCAGACCAGUUAGAGUGACAUAGUUAGACCCUGUCUCAAACAAAACAGCACAACACACACACACACAGAUACCACACCAAACCAAAGUAGUAGGUUCCUUGUUUUUAAGUUUUUGAGGCAUUCUUGCUACUUGGCCCAGGCUUGAGCUCACCGUUGUCCUCUCCUGCCCCCUUAGUGCUGGGAUCUCGGGCUGGAGCACCAUCCAGCCUUCAGGGUGGUAACUUUUAAGGGCCAAGUGAAGAACCCUGCUGGGUACUGUUUUAAGGUAACUGAAUUUCUGAUUUAGAGAGAUAGGCUCUGGGAUCAACACUGAUGUGUUUUGAGAACAAAACCUAGCUAGUGGUAGAAUGGAUUGUAUUAGGGGUGGUUAAACAAGUGUGCUGUUAUGAGGGGUUCAUAAUUACAUAUUAAACUUAAGUCAUCAAAGCAAUUACUCAGUUACUUCAGUAAUUUAAUCUUACAGAAACACGGAUACUGACUUCAUAUAUUUUAGGCUAUUUAGGAUAUAUUCUCUACCUUUAACUUUUUUGCGAUACACAAUUAUAUCUCAAUAUAUUUACAUUGAUAUAUAGAGUUUUUGAGCUAUAGAUCCCAGGCAGGCCUCAGACUCACAACAUAGCUGAAGUUGGCCCUAAGUUCCUGACACGCCUGCCUCCCCUCUCCACUCACUGGCAUUAUAGGUGCCCUCCCACGUUGAGCUCCCCAAGCCUUCUCAAGGAAAACCUUACUUUUCAGCUUUCCCAUAAUCCUCCCUGCUCACCAGGUCAUUAGUCUGAUCCUAAAACAGCCCUGACUGGGGUGAGAGCAGAGGUAUGGAGUGUGCUCUCAGGACAGGUGUGUGGGCGCAGACAGCAGCUCAGGGCGGGCCAGGAGCAUCAGACGUUACACCGUCAGUAAAGCAGAACUGUAUAUAUAUGAAGUUCUCAAAGAGUUAAUAAAAUUGUAUUAGCAAAUAUAAUACCUAGUAAAUACCUGAGGCCUGGGGAAAUGGCUCUGUGAGUAAUGGGAUUGCCGUUCUUGCAUUUGAACCUGAGGCAGGUGUGGUAUCUGUAGGCCCAGGGCUGGUUGGGAGCAGAGACAGAUAAUGGGCUCUCAGGCUGGCCAGCCUUGCAGAAAGAGCAAACUCCAGGUUCAGUGAGACUGUCUCAGAAAACUGAGGCAGAGAGCGAGUGAGGAAGGCAUGUUGUCAGUCUCUGGUCUCUGUGUACCCACAUAGGUGUACACCCACGCCUGCUCAUGCUCCUCACGUGCAGAACGUAUGAGUGGGACUCUAUGGGCUUUAAGAUAACCAUCUAAUAAUGGUCCCCAUUAUUAAAGUUCUUUAGCACUGAGAGCUUCACCUUAUUCCUGAUAUUCAUAGUUAUACUGAGAUCUAUUGUGUGUGUAGAUUGUGUGUCAGAAUAUUGUGUGUAUUCUGCACACAAUAACUGUGAGGCCAGAAAAGGGCAUCAGAACCUCUGGAAGUCAUGUGGGUGCUGUCACUGAACCAGGUCCUCUGCAAGAAUGGCAAAUACCUUAAGCACUGAGUCACCUCUCCAACUCACGCUGGUUCCUUUGAGAUUAGGUCUUCUGAUAUGUCCCCCGCUGGCCUGGGACUUGAAACAAUCCUGCAUCCACCUCCUAAGUGCCUGGGUAGCAGGCGUGCACUGUAUUGCCUACAGCCUGGGGAGUCAAACAGCCUGGUUUGGUUUUUAAGAUGAAAAACCAAGAUUCUUCAUUGGGUGAAAAAUUAUUCAUAUUUUAAAAGGUUUUCAGGAACAACCUUUUACUUUUUGUCACAUCUGCAAAAUGAAACCCUUCCCGUCAUUCCUCUCCCCUCCCCUCCUCCCCCCCCCCCUAUCCCCCUCCACCUCUCUCAAGCAGUGUGGUUUGUAUAAUGGUAGCCUAGUUGAACCAAGAGUUGCUAUAUGUAUGUUGUGGCCAAAUGGCGCCCUCUUGUGUUGAGGUGAGUAGCCUGCUGGGUAACAUUUUGAAGGAUAACAAAAUGUGUGUCUUCUGUGUGCAGACACUAAAUGAUCUCGUCUGCUUGGGCCAGCCCUAAGUCUUCCCUUCUUUAUAGAUCCUGCAUGCAGGUGUUUUCUGGAGAAAAGCAGAGGCCAUUUCGGCGUUUGUUGGUGGUUGAUAGGAGCGCUCAGUAGGUGUGGUCUGCCGGGCAAACAGCGUUGCCACUUUUUACUACAUAGAACGUUCGAGGUGGUUGGUUACUUCUUCCAGGUGAAGUCAGCAGCACCUACCUCACGGGGCGUUGUGAGGCUUUGCUCUAAGAUGGUUAGUGUGCUGAUAGAGACCACCACCAGGAAGUGGUUCCGCAGCUAGCCCUGGUCAGCAUUCCAUCCGGCAGAUUCUAGAAUGUGGUGCAGCACUCAAGCACCAUUUACUAGACAGAUAAUUAAUUUUGAAAAUUUGUUUUUACAAAAAUGUGCCAGAAAUAGGAGUGCUACUUGAAUUCUUCCUUUUCUGUACUUUCUACCGUUCAGCAAGGAAGAUAGGAUGUGAAAUUACUGCAAGUAGAAUAUGCCAAUUUCAGCAUUAAUGAAACUUCCCUCCAAAUACAUUAUUUUCGUAUAAGAAAAGGAACAAAGAAAAUAAAAAUCCCAUUGUUUCUUGGAUGAAAAUGGUCUAAGUAAUAACUAGGGACAGCAACUGGAGUGAGGAGUAUCCGCAGGACUCACUAAUGUUCUUCUGAAGUAAAGCUGGAAUGCUUUCUCUGAACACUGACGGAAAUGCCUCCUAGUCAUGAAGGAAGAACCAGCUGGGAAGUGGACAGACAGCUCCUGAGGCCUGUUCGCACGGGCAGAUUCUCGAUACUGAAACUGAAAUCCCUUAUGAAUACUUGAUAGGUAUUUUUGUGGUAUCUGUGCUAAAAAUAGUUCAUGUGGAAAAUUUUUACAAUGUAACUUGUGUCUUUUAGUGUACUUAAACUAAAUAUGUCUGUGGUGUUCAUUAAUAAGUUGUUAAGUUCUUAGAAGUGAACUCUAUAAACAUUUCUAUGCUCAGUCA